CAUAGCAUAGAGUCAAACAUAUAUAUACAAGGAAUGGACUUCAAGGGCAGCUCUGGAAUGAAGGGUAGCGGAGGCAUCCGUGAUAGUUUGGGCAUAAGAGACAGUACUGGUAUACUUGGAAGCGCUAACAGCUCGCCAAACAUGUCAUCACAACACAUUGGUCUGCUCAACGAAGAGAAGAUUACAAGAGUGCUCAAUAAGAUACCAGACAACUAUCACAAGACAGACUUUGCAGCGAGACGUGUCGCACUAGACUACAUGCGAUCCACCAACAGAAAGGACCUAUUGGAUCAAGUAGAGAAAUGGUUAGACGAUCUAAAUGAAGUCACUGAUGAUGUUGUCGAUGUAUACUUCCAAGGAUUCAACAAGUCAAUUCAUAACUACAGUAGGAUACUUCAGUUCAUGGGAGACUCACAUACCAAUGCAUUGUCGAUGAGCAAGGAGGUCGACGAAGUCACCAAACUCGUACACUUUAACAAUACAAACAUCGAGAGGAUGUGGAGACGUAACCUGGAGUACUACUACAUGAUACAGAUACUUGAGAAGAUGGAGGAGCUAAAGCGUGUACCUGGCUUGCUGGACCAAUACCUCAAGGACAAUCACUUUGUUCAUGCUUCCAACUUGAUCGUCAACUCAUUACAGUCGUUGAGUGAGAAGGACUUGGUCAAUGUUCAAGCAUUGUCCGAGCUGCGACACUCACUAAAUGAGCGCAAGGAGAUGUUUAACGAGUUGAUCAUUGAUCGAUUGAGCAAUCAUGUAUACAUGCGAUCACUCCAGACUGAUCAGGACGAUGAGGAUGAAGACGACUUUGCAUCAAUCCUCAAGAAGGCCACAAAGAAGCCUUCAUCAAUGGCGCACAGUGCAAGCAGCAGUAGUGUCAAUGGCACCAACAACAUCACUGGCAACAAUAACAACACAACAAGUCUAAAGACAAUCAAGAGUAGCGCGAGCAGGGAGGAGCAGGCUGACAAUCAACCACUGCAACUCGAGCUGAUAUCCAAGGCAUCCAACUCAUUGGAGGACCUCAGCAUCAACCCCGAGACCAAUGGCAAGCUCUUCAUGAACCUCCUCAUCGAGUCACUCAACGUCCUUGGCGAGAUCGACUCUGCCGUCGGUCUCAUCCUUGGCAAGAUCUCCAUCGAGAUGAAGACAAUCAUCUCAAGCUGCUCCUCGACCGUCACUCAAACAUAUCAAUACGAAGGAAAGACAAUAGCAAAAGUACCUGGCGAGUCGAAUAGCGGAGACUUGAAUGAGCAGAGCCUGAUGCUGCUCAGCGACACAUUCACUCGCAACACUCUGCUGUCCAACAACACAUUGAACAUACCUCUGGUGGACUUGAUGAACGCCAUCUUCAAGAAGGUGUUGUCUGUGUUCAAGAACCACAUGACUCUGUCAAUCAUUGUGAACGACUCUAUCAAGAAACGCGAAGCCAAGCGACGCAGAGAGCGCGUGACAGACUUUAGUGAUGAUCGCGAUGGUGACCAUCUCUCACGCAGCAUGGAGGAGUCGUCCGAGGAUGGCUCGUUGCAUGGCAGUGGCAGACGUGAUGUUCCCAAUGCCAACGUUGACAGCGGACCCUACAGUCUGUCGCUGGUGUGGGAAAUCAUGCAGAAGGAGAUCAGAGAGAUGCUGCGCAUCCACCUGCAGGACACAUCGUCCCUGUUCCUGCGCUCAUCACAGUCCGCCACGGCCACCGCCGACCAGGGCCGCACUACUUCAGUGCGCCUGUUCAGCUUCAGCAACUCAAUCGUUACCGACACUUGGAACGGCGCGGCAGGCAGUCCGCCCCUGUCGUCCCAGAAUGGUUUGAUGAGCACACCACUCAACAACAGCGGAGGAAUCAGUCAGAGCGUUGGAAUCUUCAAGGCGUCGCAGUACAACGUCACACCAAUCUAUCCACUAAUCACACAGUUCACGGACCACAUCGACUCGCUUCUGUCCAACGAGUCACCCGAAGAGCGCAACCUCUACAGCUCGUCGGAGGGACAACAGCACCGCGGACUUCUCCGCCUGUACAUCGAUGACUUUGUGCAUCGCAACUUCCUGGAACACAUCAAGUCGGACUACAAGAGGCGUGUGGCCAGUGCCAUCGAAGGCACUGAUGCAUUCAAGCCCUUGGAGAGAUCAAGAUUCGUCUAUCGUCUGCGCGAGACAAAGCCUGUCCUCAAUGGUACAUUACAGAUCUUCCAAUUCAUUACAGAGUUGUUCUCGGACAUUGUGGCAAUGAGUCACUAUGCUGAGGAGUUUGGCGCAAUCAUUCAGAACACACUGCUUCAGUACUACCUCAAGUGUUUGUCAAAGUUCAAUCAUGAGGUGGAACCGACCAUCACUGGCGCACUGCUCAACACCGACCUAUUCAAGCAUCUGCUCAACACAUUGGACUCCAAGAAACAGGAGUCGGCAGACUUUAGAGACACAAAGGAGGAGGAGUUUGAGUACAAGCUCGAGGCGGACUUGUUCGCCGUGCCCGACAAGCCAGUGAUCAAGAACCAGCUUAUACUUGAUGUUCAAAAGUUGACAAUGAUUGCCAACCUCUAUCACAGUUUGGAGUGGCUGGCACAGCGAGUCACCAGUCUAUUUUCGGUCACAUCAGGCGCGGGCACCAGCAACACCACCUCUGUGCCCGAGACACCAUCCAAAGGAUUGCCAAAGACUGCCGUCAAGCAUCAACCACCAAAGAAUCUCCUCUCACCUGCACUCACAGAGAUUCUAAAGUCGAUGGAUGUGUCGAUCAAGGACAUCACGUCAAGGUUCCGCGAGUUGGCCAAGCAAUGUCUGAUCAGUCUGCGCAUCGAGUACAGGAUACACUGCUUCUACUUCUUGGAGGGCUUCAAGAAGACGUCCUACAUGUGCGACGAGGAGAGGACCGACCCUGACAGCUUCAUCGUCGAGCUCAACAAGGAUCUCUCGACCAACGAGGAGACAAUGUCCAACUAUCUGACGAGCGACAAGUGUCAUUUCUUAUUUGGAGGCAUCGCCAAGCUCAUCGGCAAACUGCUCAUUAGCAAGCUGGUGCACAUCAAGCAGAUCAACAACAACGGUGUUGCCAAGCUAUGCAAGAACGUCUACACACUGCAGCAGAAUCUGACCAACAUCAUUGUCAAGCGAGAGAUAUUCUUUGAUCGCAUCAGACAAUUCUAUCAAUCACUGGCCAACGAAGACGAGUUGUUGCACUACCUGUUGGAGAAGAUGUCCUUACCCUACUUCUCGGCAGAGGAAGGAAGAAUCAUCCUAGAGUUCCUCGGUUCCACCAAGAGAGUGAGCUCCAACGUUCUCCAAACACUGGAUGCCAAGUAUAGGAACAUG